UGUCCCAAGUACAAGGGGAAGAUAGGAAAGUAACUUUCUCCCCCAAACCCAUUUUUAUCUGCCUUGCCUUUUGUCUAGGUAGGUGAAUGGAUCUUCAGAAGCAGAGUUGCUAAAACUGUCAGAGAAUGGCCUAUAGAAGAGAUGAAAUGUGGUCCGAAGGGCGAUACGACUAUGAAAGAGUUCCAAGAGAACGUCUCCCUCCAAGGAUUCAUGGUGAUGGUGAUUACCACAGAAUAGUAAACAUUGUGCCCAAGAAGCCAGGCCUGCUGGAGAGACCUGGGGACGGGAGUUACAGUCGCUAUGACGAUUACGGUCACGCCGAGUACAGGGACUACAACGCGGGUCGCAGUUUCGCCCACGACCGGAGAAGUGGCCCUCCACACCGAGGUGUACGUAAGGAUGAAUCAGGAUACAGAUGGUCAAGGGAUGAUCACUCUACAAGACCUGAAUACAGGGAUGUCAGAGAUGGCUUCAGAAGAAGAAGCUUCUAUUCUUCUCAUUAUGGGAGAGAUCGAUCCCCUCACAAGAGGGACUCUCCUUUCUUCAGGGAAUCGCCGGGGAGCCGAAGGGAUUCUCCGCACAGCAGAUCCGGCUCCAGUGUCAGCAGCAGGAGCUACUCUCCUGAAAGAAGCAAAGCCUAUCCUUUCCACCAGCACAGCAGAAAUAUGUCAUCUUUACAUAAAAGAAAUGUCUCUUCUCAGCAAGGUAAAGAGAGGACAGUUCAGUCACUGAAAACAUCAAGAGAUGCAUCACCUUCAGGGUCCACAACAGUACCUUCAUCAAAGGCCUUGGAGAAGAGCAACAGACUAUCGGAAAAGGAACUUGCAGAAGCUGCAAGCAAGUGGGCAGCUGAAAAGGCAGCAGAGAAGGCCGAGGAAAGCAAUUUACCUGAAAUAACAGAGUAUGAUGCUGGAUCUUCAGCUCCAUUAUACAUUGAGCAAACAGAGGAAACAGAGGCAAAUCUAACAGACAGCCCAGAAUUAUACGAGGACAGCCAGCUUCUAGGUCGUUCAAAAGCAAUUGCAACUAAGACAAAGGAGAUAGAACAGGUCUACAGACAAGACUGUGAAACCUUUGGCAUGGUAGUGAAGAUGCUAAUUGAUAAAGAUCCAUCUUUAGAGAAGUCCAUUCAGUUUGCCCUGAGGCAGAAUUUGCAUGAGAUAGGUGAGCGAUGCAUUGAAGAACUCAAACAUUUCAUUGCUCAGUACGAUGCUGCCAACCAAGAUGUGUCUGAGCCCUUCAAAGAGGGCUCAUACUAAGGACAAAAAUAUGCUUUUAGAUCCUCUGCAUUGUGUCUGCCAUAGUCCAUAAAUCUGCUUUUUGUGGGGAAAGAGGAACUUUUGUUUGAGGUUUGAACGCAAGGCCUGUGCUCCUUUCCAGUAGCUCAGGUGGCUGUUCCCUUGUCCACUGUGGUCUCCACAAUUGUAUUCAUCCUACCUGUUCUUGUUGACAUAUAUUCCUUUGAAAGGAUGUUCUUUUCAAAAAUGCUGUAAAGCAAUGAACUGUUUUUGAAACCUUUCCAGUUACCUUGGAAAAAAUGAUCAGUCUGAUGUCUGUACACUUACGUUUUGAUGCUUACAAGUGUAAUUGAAGCAUUGUAUUUUUUAUUAAAAUUACAUGAAGCUGC